AUGUGUAGACUUGCUAGGUGUGCUCUCAGAGAGGAAUCCUGCAAAAGUCUUGUACCAGUUCUCACGUCAGACAGCAGCCAGCUACACGAAUUGGACCUAAGUGAUAAUGACCUGGGUGAUGAGGGAAUGAAGCACCUUCAGAUUGGACUUAAGAGUCAGAACUGCAAUUUGAAAUCACUGAGGCUCUCAGGCUGUCUUAUCUCAGAGCUGGGUUGUGGCUUCUUGGCUACUGCGCUAGCAUCAAAUCCUGCCUACCUGAAAGAGCUUGAUGUGAGCUACAACCAUCUUGGGGAAGAUGGAGAGAGACAGCUGUCACUGUGCAGGCUGGAGAAGCUGAUGUUCAAUCAUGGUGGUGCAUGUCGGUUACACCGAGGACUGCGAAAAUAUGCUUGUGACCUCACACUGAACCCCAACACUGCUCAUCGAAACCUACACAUUUCUGAAGAUAACAAAUCGGUGAAACAUAUUACUCUAGCUCUAAGCUAUCCGAAUAACCCCGACAGAUUUGAGUAUAGUGACCAGCCUGGCCGUCCAGAUGAGUUUACGAUAUAUGAUGAUGUUGGGAUCCGGCUGUACUCCAUGGAAACUGAGAUCCUGACAACAGAGGACAUUCAGCUGCUGACAAAGACUAUGCAGACGUCCAGUCCACCUGGCUGUGGUCAGCCCGUCAUCAUUUAUAACCCACAGGUGCUGACAGGAUGGCUAUCAGCGCCACUGUGCUAUUCUGCCCAGCAGGGGGUGCUUGUUUGCAUUCUGGGGCUCGUCACCUCCAGGACCACUCGCCUGCACUCAUUACAAAACACCGCCGCUACCCCCUCAUACCGCUACCCCCGCUACCGCUACCCACGCUACCCACGCUACCCCCGCUACCCCGCUACCCCUACUGCCGCCGCCGCCGCCGCUACUGGGGCUUAG